CAAGAGAGACGGAGGAGGAGCGAGUCCGGCGUGGCGAAUUUUUAGUUCUUGGUCGUCUGCUACAGUAAUCCCCAUCAACGAUGCUGCCCCUCCUCCUUCUCCUCCCCUUCCUCCAAGCCACCACCGCCGCCGACGACAUCUGCAUCGUGGGCAGCGGCAUCUCGGGCUCCUCCACCGCCUUCUUCCUCACCAACUACACCUCCUCCGCCCUCGCCCUCGCCGGGGCCCAGCUCCGGGUCUUCGAGCGCCUCGACAGGGUCGGCGGCCGCCUCGCCACUGUCACCGUCGCGGGAGACGAGUUCGAGGCCGGCGGCUCCAUCAUCCACCCACGCAACCUCCACGUGCGCCGCUUCGCCGACCUCCUGGGCCUCGCCGCCAAGACCGGCGGCGACGACGACUGGCUCGGGAUCUGGGACGGCGCCCGCUUCGUCUUCCAGACGCUCCGCCCCGCGCCGCCCGGAAGCUCCUGGCUGCGCCGCAAGCUGUACGGCCUCCUCAACUCGCUGCUGCUGCUCAGGCGCUAUGGCCUCUCGCUGCUCAAGAUGGACAGCUUUGUGCAGGAAAUGUUGCAAAAAUUUAUGCUCUACUACAAUGGAUUCGAGUCCCGGCCUGUGUUUGACAAUGUCGAGGACAUGCUCAAAUGGUCAGGCCUGCAUGGGCUCACACGCAGGACCCUAGAGGAGGAGCUGAUUGAUGCCGGGCUGAAUCAUCAAACUAUAUCAGAGCUUGUCACUGUGAUAACAAGGAUAAACUAUGGACAAAGCGUGAGUAUAAGUGGCCUCGCGGGCGCUGUGUCUUUAGCUGGCUCCGAGUCUGGAUUGUGGGCUGUCAAAGGAGGCAACUGGCAGCUAGCUGCUGGGUUGCUUAAGACUGCUAACGCCACCUUGCAUCUCCAAGAAGGCAUAGAUUCAAUUUCUGAUGCGGGGGAUUAUUAUGUUCUGAAAUCCAAUAAAGGGCAUGAAUAUAACUGUAAGGUGACGAUUCUUGCAACACCACUUGACGAGGUGAACAUUACCAUUAUCCCUCCAAUCUCCAUUCCACCGAGAAAGAUGCAACACACCUAUACAACCUUUGUCAGGGGCCUCUUGAACCCUAAAUUCUUUGCUCUGAGCUCAGUGUCUGAUCUUCCGAAGCUGAUAGGAACCAUGGAGCUCCCUGAUAUCCCUUUCUCAAGCAUCUCAGUUCUGAAAAAGCACAAUGAACAUGACAUGACUUACAAGAUGUUCUCACGUGCGGAGAUGGAUGACAGUUUGCUGGAUCAGAUCUUUAGCACACGGGAAGAGACCAUUCGGAUAGACUGGCCUGCUUAUCCACACUACCAGGCCCCAGAAAAUUUUGCGCCGAUAAUACUGGACAGUAAGCACCUGUACUACGUGAAUAGCUUUGAGAGCGCCGCUAGCGCCAUGGAGACGGGCGCUGUUGCGGCAGAAAACGUGGCGAGGCUCGUCAUCUCGAGGCUGACCCUUGGCCUACGAGCUGGUCUCUCGUCAUCGGAAGGCACUGCUGGCAGUCCGCCUCAUAUCAAGUCGUUCGCCGGUGAGGAAGGAUCCCAGCGUGUAGAGCUGUGAAAAAUGCUGAAGAUUCAUGAUUUGUUGAUGGACUCAUUGUAGCUAUUUUUGUUCAAUUUUUUCUUCUUCUUUCUGUUUCUGUGAGGGACACUACAUGUUACAGACUGGGGAGUGUGGGUGCCUAUAUUUACAGUCCAGCCUAAAAUGCAAUACAGGAUCACUACGAGCUUGUGAAA